GGACCGUACGCCUCACACCCACAUACUGUUAUUAUCGUUAUUAUUAUUAUUGUACAAUUUAACAAUAUUGUUUGUAUCCACAUAUUUUACGGUCAUGGGUACUUACUUGGACAAUCCGGUUACCGAAAAAGUCUCAGAAGACAUGGAAGACGACAUGUUGGUGUGUGGGGUCAGUUCUAUGCAGGGUUGGCGUGUCCGACAAGAAGAUGCACAUUUUAGUAUACUUGACUUCGACGAAAACAUGUCGCUUUUUGGAGUGUUUGACGGACACGGUGGUGCUGAAGUCGCUAGGUUAGCAGUUGAACAGUUACCCGACAUGAUAAAAAACCAAUAUUUUAACGUCGGCGAUUACGAAAAUGCUCUAAAAAACGCAUAUUUGGAUUUCGACGCAUAUUUGCGUUCCAAGACUGCUUUAAAUAGAAUGAAACUUCUAGUACAGCAAUAUGAUACAACGAAUACAAAUGACGAUAAUGACGAUGACAGUACCGAAGACGACAACGAUGAUGAUGACGAUGAUAAUGACGAUAAAGAAGACAUUAACAAAAUGUAUGGUUUUUACAGUGGUAGCACCGCAGUCGUGGCUUUAUUAGUGGACAAGAAAAAGCUCUAUGUGGCUAACAUCGGGGAUUCCAGAUGCGUUGUUGCUGUUCACGGUACUAAAGCCGUUGAUAUGUCAAAAGACCACAAGCCUAGAGACGAACCAGAGUUAUCGAGAAUUCGUGCGGCUGGAGCAAGAGUUACAUUCGACGGACGAAUCAAUCGUGAUCUUAAUUUGUCUCGAGCUUUCGGUGAUCACAUGUAUAAGCAGAACACUAAGCUUCCAAUGACGGAGCAAGUUAUCAUCGCUCUACCUGACGUACAGGCGAGAGUAUUAAAUGCAUACGAUGGUGAUUUUAUCGUGUUGGGUUGUGAUGGAAUAUGGGACUCGUUAAGUAGUCAAUCUACCGUGGAUUUGAUUUCAAAUCACAUCCACGAACCCAAUAUAAAACUGUCGUCGAUUUGCGAAAAAUUACUCAGCAAAUGUUUCUCGGCUGAACGCCGCCCAAAAGGUGUCGAUAACAUGACAUGUAUUAUCGUGAAAUUAAAACACGAAAAACAGCCACGGUCAAACCAAAAGGUCAUUGAUCCGAUCGGCUGCAAAAUUGAUGCUCUCAAACUGGAUUGAAUUUACAACAAUAAUGGUUAUUAUCGAUAUCCAUUAUAAUAUAUAUUUUGUAAAGCAUAUUUUUAUUUUGUACACAAAGUCAAGCGAAUUAUAAAAUGGAUUGGCGUAUUGUACCUAUUUUAUUAUUCAAUUGAAGAGUAUCACAGCAUUUACAUUACACUUAUUAUUGAUAAUGCGUCCAUGAAAUUACUUUUAAAUCUUUGGGUCAUCAAUUAGAUAUUUAGUUCAUAUUAUACAUUAGUUAUGGGGAAAAUCAGGUUUU